AUGGAGUCAAGAACCUCGCACAACCUCUUCGAGGUCUACCUUCGAUUACGACCCUCCCCACCUGGUGCGCCCGCCUCCGAGCGCAUCCUGACUGUCGAAGCACCAGAAACGAAAGAGGAGGAAGUCCAGCGCGAGGCCACUGGAGUGACGCACAUCACACUGAACCCGCCGACUGAUCGUAGACGCGCCAUUGAAAAGUUCGCUUUUACGCGUGUCUUUGAACCUGACGCCGGUCAGCUCGAUGUUUUCCAUUCUGCUGGAGUUGUUCCCAUGGUCGAAGGUGUGUUGGCACGGGAUGGAGGCGACGGCACAGACGCGAUGAUUGCCACACUCGGCGUCACAGGCUCAGGGAAAACACACACAAUGCUCGGCUCCAAGACCCAGCGUGGUUUGACGCAGCUCACUCUCGACGUCCUCUUCCGGUCAAUCGGCCUCAACAUGCUCGAAGGUCUCCACCUGGCCUCUGCCGCCGACUCACUUCAAGCGAGCGACCCAUCCGAAGCCACAUUGAUGACGGCCUCCAACUUCAUUGAUGCCGUUUGCGGCGAUGUGCCGGGGUCUCGUUCUCGCGCCGCGACCCCCAUGAUUGGCGAGUCACACAAUCCUCUGUCGCCAGGUCCUGCGAGACGAAACAUACAACGGCCUUCUGCCCUACCGCAGACGCCCGAUGUCAGCAACAUUGAUAUGUGCUGCGAUGCUUCGGCAGAGUACGCGGUUGUCGUGUCCAUGUACGAGGUCCACAACGAUCGCAUCUACGACCUUCUGUCGCCUCCCUCACGGAACGCCUCAUCCAAAGACAUUCGUCGCCGCCCGCUGCUAUUCAAAUCCACCGAAAUCGAGCGUGCUCGCGACGCUAAAACUGCUGGUGCUACGCUGGUGGAAGCUGGCAAGAUCAACGAGAGUCUCAUGUAUCUCGGUCAGUGUCUGCAAACGCAGAGCGAGGUUGGAACGUCUAGCAAGCCCAACAUUGUUCCUUACAGACAGUGUAAGCUGACCGAGCUGCUCUUCUCCAACUCGUUCCCCUCCUCAUCCUCCAGUUCACAGCCUCAGGGUCCCCGACGCAACCCGCAAAGGGGAGUCAUGAUCGUCACAGCCGAUCCUCUGGGCGACUUCAAUGCCACAUCGCAGAUUCUUCGCUACAGCGCUCUUGCGCGGGAGGUAACAGUGCCUCGCAUCCCAUCAAUCACGGCAACUAUUCUCGCCAAUGCUCCCCCCAUGGCGGGGAGGCCGCCUAGCCCAGUCCAGACACAUCAUCCUCGACCUUUCAUGCCUCCCGGAAGCUCUGGCUCGUACAGGGUUGCUUCAUCUGACGAGAGAGCGACUAUGGAGCUGGCUGCUCUAGAGAUAGCGCGCCUGAGCGACGACAUUGACCACUUGCGCGAAGAGGUGGAUGCCCAGACUGAGGCAAGAAUGACGGCUGAGGCCCAUCUUAUGUCGAUGGAAGACCGCAUGUUGGAUCUUGAGGCUUCCAUAAGGGACGACUGUGCGACAGAGUUCGAGGAAAGGCUUGCGAUUGAGCUAGCCAGGUUCAAGUCCUCGCUUUUGCUAGAGCAAGAGCGCAAUGAUGAGCACUGGGACCGUAAAGUGGAUGUUUUGGAGCGGGGACUUGGCACGGACGAGGCGGAUGACAAGGAGAACGUACUUGUCGAGAGCCUCGAGGAAGAAUUGGAGCGUUUGCGUCGAGAGAAUGUGAUCCUGAAGCGCGAGCUGGCGAACAGAAGCCCCAGCAAGCGUCGUCCACUCGAAGAGCGAGGCGACUGCGCUUCAUCGCCCCAGGGCUUGCCGACAAAGGGCGAGGGCGUGGCUCAGUUGGGCCGCAAGAUGGAGAAGAUGCAUCUGAGCAACAGCAACUCGCGGGCACCCGGUGGCGCGAGCAGCGGCAGCCCCAAGAAGUUGCGCAGGCUCGGCAACCGGAAAUGGGAGCACGAGGAAGAUGCGGAUUUGGAGUAUUGA